UUUCACGUGGCGCGUCAUCCGCGCAUCAUCCUGAAAGCUAGCCGACAUCGCGGCUGAGAGACGCACGUGGGUCGCGCAUCGCGCGCGGCGGCUUUCUGGGUCAAUACAAUUCCGGCGAAGGUGCGCGAGCGCUGCCGAGCGGGCCCCGAAUAACCUCACUUCUCUUAGGUACAGUCGCCGGCGGAAUUAUUGACCACUAAAGAACCGUCGCGCGAGACUUUAACGUUCGAGACGCCAAGGAAAAGAAAGUAUAAUAUUAAACGUUUCUCGUGUAAACGAAGGCCGAACCAAGCAAACAAUAAUUAAAUAAUUCGUUGAACGGAAUUGCAACUCGUUAAAAUAAGUCGGUGAUAUAUACAAGACUUUUAUUUAUACUUUAACGUCCAUUUCUACCAACGCAGAUUAAUUUUUUUCAAUCUCUUAGCUUAUAUUGUAGUGUUCUACAUGAAAUUCUGGAAGAAUUAGGAAAGGUUAAAAAGUAAAUCAAAUUAAAUCAAGAUUAAAGUAAAAAUCUACACGAGGAGGGGAAUAUCUCGGGUCCGCGACGACGCGGCCGUUCCUAUCGGACUGUACUUUUCCCGCGUACAGUCUGCGGGACAAAUAUUGACCGCGCCGGAGCAAGUAUUGACACUUGGCACUUCGACUCCCGGUGCCGUCGCAGAGAUCGCUCGCCACGUGGUGAUUCACGUGAACACCCGAGAACACGACGACGGGGGGAUCGUGUCAUUCAGCGGAGUCGAGAAACGUAUUGUCAGGUGGUCUCUGGAAUUUCGAGCGACACACCUGUCGUUUGCCGCGUCGACCGCCGCGGACUGUACCGACGGUGGCGCGGUACAGUCCGCGGGAUUGCAAUUGACGACGCGCUCCGAGUCUUACGACGGCUAUCCUCUGACGUGCACCGCGAAACCCGGGAAGGUGGGAUUAUACACGCCCGCUUUUCUUGCGCGCAUUUCGGCGUCGCGACGCCGGCCGACGUCACGUCGGUGCCGCGCGGCGAGGCCGGGCGGCGCGUCUGCCACCGGACAAAAGAAUCUCGACGGACUGUACUCGGCAGCAGUUGUAUUGACCGCGGACGCGUGUGUCCCUCCCGCUGCGGGCAUCCCUUCGUUCCCGCUGCUGCGCGGCGCGGAGCGGAGAGUUUGCCGCGCGUUUCGCGUGGCGAGGAAGCGAGGAUCGGAGUCGGCCAGCGAGGUGGUGAUCGUCGCGGGGCGACGCGCCCACGUCCGGGUGGCAGGGAACGGCAAGGGACGCCGUGGAACGAUGCCUCCGAUGACGAUGUCGACGAUCCGGGAGCAACGGGGAUGCUCGACGUAAUCCGAGAAUUGAUCUCACGCGUAGCUUCGGAUCAUUUCAUGAUGCUCACGAGUGGCAGUGAAGCAGUGUUUUGAGAGAGAAAGAAAGAGAGAGAGAGCGCGCACCAAAGAAAGAGAGAGAGAUUCGAAGGCGACGAGCGGUGGUCGCCUCUCGUCACGUGAUUCGCUUUCUUCACGUACGUCAUACGUCGCGUGCGAUUUAAAUCCUUGCUUGGUCCAUCGUCCCCCAGGAAAGAUGGGCAAGACAAGAGGCGUCCACGAGACGACUCCCGAAUUGAGGAAUCGGAUGGUGGGAAUGUACGAGGCCGGUCUGGGCUUAAGGGAGAUCGCCGCCGCAGUCAAUUGCUCGCAACGUACGGUGAAGAGAUGGCUGAACAGAUUCGAAAAGGAAGGUACAGUAGAGACGCGGGAACGUUGCGGACGCAAACGGGCCACCACCAUGGAGCAAGACGAGGCAAUCGUUCGUCUGGCCAGUCAGACACCUAUAACGGCAGCGAAGGCGGUGCUCCCCGCGUUGGGUCUCACCUGCUCUGUAGAUACUGUGAGAGAAAGGCUGCACAAGGCUGGAAUUCACAACUGGAGCCCUUCGCGCAAAUACAUGCAGAGGAUCCCAUUGGGUGAUGCGGACGGUGCGGCAAUCCAACAAGCAGUUUGGCGGCCAACCGGCACUCAAUUAGGCAAGAAGAAAACUUCUAAGGACUUGAAUAAAUCUGAGAAGAGUAAUGCCACGGUUAAAAAAAAGAAUCCAUCGAAGAAGGUCAGACCUCGUGAGAUGUAUUCCAAUGAUGGCACACUGUCGGACAGUCUGAAGCAGAAUCAGAGCUCCGAGCAGCAGCAGCAGCAACAUCAACAACAACAACAACAACAACAACAACAACAACAAACAUUUGUGUUUUCUCAGCAAAAUCUUCCUCCAUUGCCUUCCGCUCCUCAAGUAACCGAGAUGCAACCUUCCACGCAGCCUGUAUCCACGAAUCAGACGGAGUUCGGUAACGCGUUGAGCCUGGUGCAGCAACCACAGCCCAUCUAUCAGCAUCCAGGAUUGACCAUGGUGCAAAAUUGGCCGUUAGAUUUGGUGCAAGGCAGUCAUCAUUAUCCGCAGGGACAACCAAAUCCUAUGCCUCACGAACAUCCCCCGCCGCAGACGCAACUGCAAGAGCUGCACACGCAGCAGGAGCAGCAGCAACAUCACGCGCAACAGGCCCAGCAAGCGCAAGUACAGACGCGACUGCAGGAUCAAUCGCAUCAGCAGAAUACUCAGUCUCAUCAUCACAAUCUCGAUCAACAGCAACUGUCGGUGGAGCAUCAGAUUCACCAACAGCAGCAUCAACGUCUGCAGUCUGGCAUGCCUAGUCCCGAACAGACGAGUAUAAACGUAGGAUCGGAUAGUUCGAACAUCUGUAGUUCUAACGAGAAUAGUCAGUCGUCCUGUGAACCUCAACAGAGUGUGGAACCGUCACGAAAAAGCGGCCAAAAAUCGGGGGGGACAGAACGGCAGAAGAAAAAAAAGAAAGGUGGCAAAGCGAAAGGAACAUUGGAGACUAGCGUGGAGCUCAGAAAUCGCAUGAUCGGAAUGUCCGAGGCCGGAUUGUCAACUCUAUCCAUCGCGCUGGCGAUUGAUAGAUCGGAACGUACUGUUAAAAGAUGGUUAGAAAGAUGGCAUAAGGAAGGCAAUGUGCAAACGAAGGAACGAAAAGGACGACGUCGAAUUACUACCAAGGAGCAGGACGAUGCCAUCGUUGCGAUGGCCACUCAGCAUCCUCUCACCGCUGCUAAAUAUGUAGCACCUGCGUUAGGCCUUAAGUGCAGCGUAGAUACAAUAAGAGAGAGGCUACACAAGGCUGGAAUACACAGCUGGAAGUUGGGCAAAAAACAAGGGGAAGGCAAUGCAGUUCACACAGUCCAUUUGUGGCAACCGAGUGGCAAUCGCCCUAACAAACCAAAAAUGUUAGGCGAGAAGAAAAAGAAGGGUGGCGAUAAGAAGCGUACUCAGAUAGCGAAUAACAAUCAAAAACGUAUUGCGCGGAAAAAGAAGACCAACGAACCGCCACCGCCAAAAACGACUCCGCCUCCGGCAAAUAUAAUACCGGAACAGUCUACAUUAUCGUUUCAUAAUCCCGGAAACAUGGCAAAUUAUGUAUCAGGACCUACCAUAAUGCAACCACUGCAUAAUAUUACCGCGCCGCCUCCUACACUGCCGCAACCGCAGCCCCCUCCGCCACCACCAGCGCCGCAAGCGAUGCAACCGAUGGGUCCGAUAAUGCAGCAGCGACCGGAUUGCAGAUUGGCGCCGAUAGUUCCGCCCGUGUCGGGUCCAGGCAAUUCUGGCGUCGCCUAUCCGUCGUGCAUGGUCGGCGGCAGUAGCCACGCAAGUCAUAUGGAACAAACAGACCCUCUAAAUUACGAGCCAUACAUUUGGAGUUUUUAAAUACAUAUAAGUAAGGCUGCGUUCCGAUAUUUACUGUUAGUACUGAAAAUCAACAGUAUAUGUGACGUAAACUAUAGAUUUUCAGUAUUGGCAGUGAAUAUCGGAACACAGCGUAUGACAAUUUGAAUCGCAUAGAAUUAAAAAUGGAAGAAGAGUCACUGCGACCAAUUCAAUCAUAAUUGAAUUAAUUGUCGAUUAAAAUUAACUGGAGUUGGUCAAAGUGGCCUUAAUUGCAUUUGAACAAAUUCCGCUAUUUGUCAGAGCUCCGUAAAAUUAUAUUUACACGAAAAGGGCUUCGCAAUUGAAAACGUUUAAGAAACGGCAAUGCAGAGAUUAAGAUACGAUCAAUAUGAUUAAAAUCAGUAUUUUAACAUCACGACUUUUGUGUACGAUUUAACUUAUACAUAAGAUGCAAUAUUAGAAGGUACGUCUGUAUAUGUGCGUGCUUGUGCAUGUGCAAAAAAAGAAAGCUCUCAGUGAUUUUAUUGUUAUUAUAUCUAAGAAAAGUUAUUGACUUUAUCAUUAUUAACUUUAAAAGAGACUUUUAUGGUAACAUACAGCGUUUAGACCAAUUUAAGUCAACAUGAAGAGACUAGAUAGUAUGUACAUAUAGAAUCAUCUAGAGUAGAGCAAAGAUGAACAUCACAUUUAUUUUGCUAUAUGUCAUCUUUUUAAAUAAUGAGCAGUCAUGAUUAGAAAUCAUUGUAUAUUAAAAAUUGAUUUUUAUACAAUGCAAUCACAUUUUAUUGAAUUAAGAUUUAGUAUUUAUGUUGUAAAUAUUUUUAACAGCUAAAAGGAAAGAUCUAAAUAUCAAAUAAAUUUAGACACAAAUAUCUCUGAUAAUUUGGCACAUAAACUACUUAUUAAUAGCUGUAAAAUAGAACAUCCAAGAAACUUCUUAAUGAAUCCAGUGAUAGAUCUAUUUUCGAUAUAUAACUCCCAUUCCUUUUUCGUAAGAGUUAUAUAUAUAUACAUAUACGUAGAUGAUUUUAGAUAGUGUGUAUUCUAUAUAUUUAAUUAACAUACAUGAAUCUGCUUUAAAAACUACAGUACAAAUUGGCAUGUUUCAACUAGAAAAGUAUUUAGCAAAUCAGUUUCAGAAACAACCAAGACAUACAGUGUAAGCUGCCUUUUUUCUACAAUAUUUAUACACACGCACAAAUUUUAAGAUUAAUGUUAUGAUAAUGCCAUUACAUUAUCAUAAAAUUAUUUCAUAUAUGUGAAGCUUUUAAAUAUAGGGUUCGAUUAAAGAUUUAGUACGUGUAUUUUAUGUGUACACAAAAUUUUUUAUUCCAAAUUUUUCUUUUCACGAAGCAGUAUUCAUAGUUCGUCCGCAUACAAUUGCCGGUGGUACAAAUACAAAAUAGUUAUACGAAAAGUACGAGAGUAUUGUAGAUAAAUUUUCAUCUGAUGUUUUAAAUGUUCAUUUUCACUCAUGCAUCAAUAUCGAAUGGUAAAGUAUUACAUACUCAUAUCGUUACAAGUGAGAAUGUAUUCUGUUGUAUUUUACGUGACAUUACAUCAACAAUACAACGUCACAUGUUGUUACAUACAUCACACAAUAGAAAUAUUUUCAACUACAUUCAUCUCGUUUUGUAUUUGUUUUAUAAAGGAAAAUAAAAAUUAUUAGACUCA